UGCGACAAGGCGCACCACACGACGUCUCUGGUGAAAUUCAUACGAACGCUGGACAAGGCGACGUCGACGCUGGACGUGGUGUGCUUUACGAUUACGUGCGAUGAUAUUAAGCGAGCGAUUCAACGCGCGGCGAAACGUGGGAUUAGGGUGCGAAUCGUCACGGACGCGAACAACGUGGACUCGCUCGGUUCGGAUAUUCGAGAGCUCAGCGAGGCGCGGAAAAUAGACGUACGAUGCGACGCGCACUCGAACGAUCCGAAUAAGCGCGGGAUGAUGCAUCAUAAAUUUGCCAUCAUCGACGGUGAGACGAACGAUCCCGUGGUCAUCACGGGUUCGUUUAAUUGGACGCGGGCGGGCGUGCUGGACAAUCACGACAACGUGUUGAUAGCUCGCAACCAACCCGAUGUGGCGGCGCCGUACAUCAAGCACAUGGAGGCGCUCUGGAAAGAGUAC